AUGCCAAUGCCGAGCCUGAACUAUGCUUUUCAGCAUGGACAGGCCUCGCACGCGAACAUUAAUCAUGCAGAACUUUCUCUCUUCUCUGCUCAAAUAACUCCGGUUGGGUAUCAACAGUCUCGACGUGAUAGCCAUCCACACUACAACUCGUCAUACCCCAAUGCAGCCGAACCCUAUAACGCUCGCGACAACACAUUACUCGCAGCACGUAGCCCUGUAGGUAACUCUUGCGUGCCAUCGCAUGGCAUGACAAGAAUCCCACUUGGUGUUUACGACUUUGAUGAGUCCCGCGGGUGGCAGCACCACAAUGGAUACGGACAGGAGACGAACGAUUUCAAUGCUGUCGCCUAUUCGGCAAGGAAAGUAGAUGCAUCGUACACCUUUGCAAAGCUUGAUGAUCGUCAACACUAUGAGGACCAUGGGGGCUCUGGUUUGGAUGCCGAAGAAGAUGACGAAAGUCUUUCCUGCAGUCAAUGUAGCACACUCUUCCAUGGCAAAUACCGCAGCGGAAACUUGAGACGACAUAUUCGUGCCUUCCACAGUGUGGUGGCUUCGGUUCUCGGACUGACAUGCCGUGUCUGUAAGAAGCAAUUCAAACGAGCAGACGCUACCCGCAAGCACGAGUGGGAGCAGCAUAGUAUGCUUGACGUAAAGCCAAAGAGGAGGACAGCAAGCUAG